AUGCAACUCCACAUCUAUAUACCGCGGGGUGGGGGUAGAAAGCCGAAGAUUAACAAAUAUAAACGUAAGCGGCCUGCUCAAAAGAGAAAAAAUAAAAAGGUUUACAAGAAAAAAGUUUUACCGCGCAAUGUCCGCAAAACAAUAAAGAAGCCUUUAACGAAAACUGAGAAGCGCAAUAAAAUCGAGCAGAUUUUUCUUCCGCAUGUCACCCUGCCGAAGAAAAAAUCUGCUCGAUUUUUUGUGUACAAUUCAUACAAAGGCAAGGGAGAAAAUGUCGAGCAGACUGUGUAUCAACUUCCUCCACCACCGAAAACGGGACCUUCUGAUAGAUCGGUCCUUUCAGCGGUAAACAAGAUUGUUAAUGCUCGCAACAACUUUGGUAGGCUAUUAACUAAGCGAAAAAAGGUGGAGAGACAGUCAGUUAACCGUCGUAAAAAAUGGUUGAAACGCAAAAAACCCGCACUUAUAAGAAAAGCCAUGUCAAAAGUCAACAAGAAAAAAAAAGCAAAUGUAGUUCGUCCAGUAACCAAACGAGUCAAGCGAAAGACACCAGCGGUGGUAAAGAAGGCUUGGCGCAAAAUCCAUAAGAAAAGAAAAGCUAAAGCACUUCGCCGUAAACUCCCCAAACGAAAGCAGCAAAGUGCGAAACUAGUGCUGAAAACAACUGAUGGGCAUGGAUUAGACAUGUGCGAAAAAAGUGAAACUGACAUUCCUCAGGAAGUAAAGAACUUGGACCCGCACACACAGUUUGUCUAUAAACUCGUUACUCGUUUACCGGUCGAAAGUAAAGUCAUAGUGAUGGGAAAAAUAAAUAGCAAGCCCUUUAAAAAAUUACUACAGACGGUCGAUAUAAUCAAAAAAUGCGAUGAGAUUGACUUUGCUCAGACAUCUUUCAAAUCGAACAGCUAUGAUCUAUUAAUAUAUAACCACACAUUAUAUGGGCAAGACUUUCAAACUCUUAUUUUAGAAGCGAAUAGGCUAAUUAAAAACGGUGGUCAACUUGCUAUAAUCGACGUUUAUUCAGAUCAGGACAAUGAAAAACAAUUUUUGCAAUCAAUGGCCGAUGCCGGAUUUUUAUUAAUACGACAGAAUAUCGCAAAUAAAACAACUUGGGAGUAUGUCUUCGAAAAAAUAAAACGUGUGGCUAAGUCAGUGUAUUUGCAACCGUUCACUUUGGCGGUUGCCAAAUAUCGCAGGCCCAUAGACCAUUUCAAAUAAACAAUUUAAGUUAUCUACUAUUUUAAAUUUAAAUUUAAAUUUAAAUG